AAAUUCUGCAAGAUCCUUAUCGGUAACAUGCUCCUGAGUUGAGUUUAGGGCCCUUACAGCCCCAAUUUCUCAAUCUCAGGUCCUUUGAGCCAAGAACAGGCCUUGAAGUUAGAUAAGAAGUACUUGUUUAUAGUCUGUUGCAUCACUUGUCAUCUGUGAGGAGGGCCAGUAGGCCGGCUAGGACACCAAUAAGUCUGUGUUGCAUGGUCACCACUGCUGUGUUUUCUUGUUUCUAGCUUGUUUCUAGUGAAUUCCCUAUUGCUGCUUUCAGCAGAAACGCCCAUUGCCUGUGUGCAGCACAUACUCUCAUUGCACCCCUCCCAUGUACCCACCCUAGGGACUAAAAAUUAUCUGGUCUGUCGCUACUUCCCUGGUCCUGGCUCUGGAACAACAUUCCUCCCAUUUGCUGGAGAAGGGAGAUGGCAGGAUACUGAAGGGGAGUAGUUUUUCUGGGGUCUUGAAGUGUUAGCUCUCCCUUACUGGGUAGGGCUGCUAACAGUUGCUAGCUUUUCUUCAGUAGCUUGCGUGUGUUUUGAACUUAGUCAUAUUCAUGACCAUUUAUGAAUGUACAAUGUCAUAUGUCUGUGACUGUAAUUGCAAAAUGAAUACUUCUGACUAUAUAUUCUGCAUGUUACAUCUUUCAGCAGUGUGUGAAAUUAAAGUACCUUGAAAUUAGAACAGCUAUUGUGCACACACAACUAAUGUAGUGAGAGGGAUCGUACUUUGUCUUCCAGGAAAUUGGCACUAGAGUUUCAAUAAAAAUGUAAAUGGUACUGCAUAUUCAGUUGUUAUUAUGAUUGCCUGAAUGCAACUAUAGGUUUGAUAGAAAAGAAGCAGAAAUAACUUAUUUACAGUACUUACCUGAACCUAGGAUUUAAUUUUUUCCCCUUCUGGUUCUCGUGUUUACCUUGGCACCUUUCUGGUCAGGCAGAGGGAAGUAAAUGUCACUGAAAAUAAAUUGCCAUCUGCUCCUGUUUCCCGCUUGGUAGGAUAUUGAGACAAUACAAUUUCAAGUUGAACGGGACCUGCACUACGGAAGCUACUGCAUGCUUGCUUCUAAUCUUGAAUGGUGUUGGGAAAUACUGGGUGUGACUUUGAUCUAUUUCCUAAGUGCACAGACUAGUCAUCUGCACAUGGGUGGAGAGGCAAGAGGUUCUAGUUUCAGCCCAAACCAACUAUCUUAAGAUGUGGGUGGCUGGAGGCUGUUGUUUGCUUUUCUUAUUGACCUUGAGACUAUAUACACUUAAGGUCAUAUGAUUCCAUGACACAUGUAUAUGUAUAUAUACGAGAUGCCUGGUGACUCUGCUCAGACUGCGCUAAACUUCCCUCUUCAGAACCACCCAUCAUUUCAGAGAAGCUACCUGCCACGAUGAUGCCUGGGGGCUUAUCUGAGACCAAGCCUGCUACUCCAGAAGUCCAGCAUAUCGUUAACCAGGUGAAGCCACAAUUUGAAAGCAAGGAGAACAAGACCUAUGACAUCUUUAAAGCAAUAGUGUAUAGGACUCAGGUGGUUGCUGGGAUAAACUACUUUAUUAAGGUCCAAGUUUGCAAUGAUAACUAUGUCCACUUAAGGGUGUUUGAGAGCCUUCCUCAUGAGAACCAAGGUCCCAGCCUUGUCAGUUUUCAGACUGGCAAAACCAGAGAUGAUCCUCUGACCUACUUCUGAGAGAUGAUGAGGAAUGGUGCCUCACUUCUGCAAGUUGCAUGUGGAUUCUGCCUGUUUCAGUAAAUGCAUGAAAAUAAAAUAAGUUUUGAAAGCUA